CCCUUCCCCACUUCUCUUUCUACCCAGAAAAAAACAUCAAUCCUUUAUAUCGGAUUUAUAUUAUUAUUAUUCUCUUCCUCCUUCAUCUUGUUCUGUAUAGCACCCAAGUACCCUAAAAGUCUGACUGAAAUGAGAUCUGCCAAGGGAAAAGGGGCUGUGAAGAAGGAUACUAAGGAAGCACUCAAGCCUGUUGAUGACAAGAAGAUUGGAAAGAGGAAAGCUGCUCCAAAGGUAGAAAAGAGUGUCAACAAGAAGGCAAAGAGUGGAAAAGGGGCUGCUAAAGAUCCCAACAAACCCAAAAGGCCACCAAGUGCUUUCUUUGUGUUUCUUGAGGAGUUCAGGAAAACGUUUAAGAAAGAAAAUCCCAACGUGAAAGCAGUCUCGGCUGUUGGAAAAGCUGGUGGGGAGAAAUGGAAAUCUAUGUCUCAUGCUGAAAAAGCUCCACAUGAAGCGAAAGCAGCGAAAAAGAAGUCUGAAUAUGAAAAGGUCAUGAAAGCAUACAACAAGAAGCUGGAAAGUGCAGCUGAUGAUGCAGAUGAAGAUUCUGACAGGUCACAAUCUGAAAUCAACAAUGAAGAGGAUGAAGAAAGUGGACAGGAUGGGGAAGAUGAUGAUGAUGAGGGUGAGGAUGAUGAUGAAUGAAGGUGGUGUUGGAUAUUUCUGUGACUUGGGCAAGAGCAAAUUUCAUAUGUUAAUAUGUCUGAAGAAUCACUAGUUUGAUGAAGUUUUGUAUUCUUGACAAUGAAUAUAUGACUUCAUCUUUUGUGAUGCAUGUUAUGUUAUGUUCUGUUCUUGGGUUGUAACUUGUAAUGAUGUAAAGUCUAGUAAUCUACAUCAAAUUGCAGGCCAGGCCCACUUUAUC